AGGCGCGAAGUGUCGCGGAAGUGUGUGUGUAAGCGGGGAUCGUGUGGCUGAUCCCUGAAACGUGAUGCGGGGUCUGGGGGUACAGCUGAGCCAUGUGUGGCGCUCGAGUACGAUUGUGACGUACACUCAUUGGGUGCACCCGUCUCGACCAAUGCCCGCCCACCGCGAAACUUCGCGCCUGUUGUCUGUCGCGCCUGCUGAGUGUCGCGUCCUCUUCUCCCAUUUUUUCCCGAUUUCCCUCGCCCCCUCAUCAUGCCACACUCUCUAUCGCUUCCUACACACGCAACGUCGCCUUCACGAGCACUUUUGGCUGAAAUUUUAGGAGAUGGCACUGCCAUCCGUCUCUGUACCAGAGUCUCGAGAUCCAUGCAUAGAUCAGUUCGAUGUUACUGAACCCUUGGAGUCUAAUAAUCAAGUGCCUGCUUAUAGAUGGAGCGAUAUUGUUCUACGAAACGAUUCAGACAUCUCCCAUGAACCACGCCCUCUCAAUCCUCCACGCGAUCUCUAUCUUCCACCCCUCCGUCAUUAUCCACCCCUAAAAGGAGGCUUCAACAAGCUAACUUAUGGAGAUUCCCGCGACUUCUCUCCGCCAUUAGAUCGAGUCUCUUCCAACCCCACAGACAUUCGGUCGAACAGGGAAGAGUCCUCCAAUAGAGAAGUCAUACUUAAUUCUGUCCUUGGCGUACCCUCGGAUAGGUCUGCUUCGAGGUGGCUCUCGAAUGGACCUCUUUCUGAUGGCUUGGGCGAUAGUCUUACACCGAAAGAUCCAGUAUUCGAAUCACGAUUCUCCUUGAAGGGAACGAGCAUCUCCGCAGAUAGUGGCUAUGGAGGAAGUGAAGCAACCAGAAGCACACACUCAAGAUCACGAGACGAACUCUUGAAAAAAAGAGGAGAGCUCCGCUGGUGUUGCCAACUCUGCCACAGAUCAUUCGACACUCAAAGGCGGUUACGCUCUCAUGAACGCCUGAGACACGGUAUUCAUGGCGGAACAGAAGGUCAUCGCCGAUUGAGAUCAUGGUAUUCCAGCGAAGACUCGGACGAAAUAACAUCUUUUGGGGUCCAUUACUUACACAAGUUGGGGUAUUACCUGUCAAAAUUGAGGUCUCAGCUUCCCGAGGGAUCUCCCAUUCUGUUGGCUCACAAGAUCAAUGGAGUUUCAACAUCUUUUAAAGUUCACAAGUACGACGCAACAAACAUCAACGUUAAUGUGUACAAUACAGUGGGGCCCCAGCCACCGACCCUUCCGACCAACAGCGGUGUCGCGCAGUUAGGGUCCUUUCCAAGUGAUAUUAGAAAAUCCCAGGCAGGACCACAAUACGAGCAGCUGCAACCGCCACCACUAUCCCGACAAGUGUUCAAAGCCCGUGGUAUGAGUGCCAGCCCGGCCAUGGAUCACGACAACAUGGACGCAAUCAUGGACCAGCAACCCGUUCCAACCAUCGAAGCGCCCGAAAUCAUGUCCGACCCACACACUCCUCUCAUACUUCCACCUUCGGAGAACUCAGCUCAUUCCAGCAGCAAAGACGAGGUCAAGCUGAUGGACUAUCAAGAAUACAAUACUACCGACGAACUGGGAAAGGCAGAAGUGGAUGACGAUAGCGACAGUGAGUGUGACAACAAUACAUGGAACUGCUUUCAACGCGAUGCACUACCCUCUUUCCUCCCAUAUGUCCGCAGCUAUGAUGCAGAUACUUCUUCUCCAUACGGCGACUCCCCUGAUAGCGGAAGCACCACCAGUGGUACGAAGAGCGAUACCCCUGCGUCUUCUGCAUCUGGCCUUACAGGGGGAAAUGGCCUUCAAGGCAACGGGUAUACUUCAUCAAGUGCUGUCAUAGGUGCAUCAAAUAACAGUAAUGAUCCAAAUCUGAGGAUCAAGGAUGUAAUAAGGGCAAGCUUUGCCUCCGAUCCACAACCUCUUCCCCUCAUCUGCUGGUAUGCAGCCGCCGGUAUAGCCUGUACUGCGAAGUAUGUUAAGAUGUCAACUGAAGUACGGCACUUGUGGAAUGAUCACGCUUGGGGCAAAAAACGGCAAGGUCCACAUCAUCGGCUACCUGAUGCGUGCCAACGGUGUAAACGUUUGUUUUGUAACCAACAACUUUUAGAAGAACACGUCCUUGCCGUCAUACCUUGUCGAACGCUGAGCUCCGUAGAACUGGAGGAUCUCAAUCGGGAGCCUAAAACACUUGGAAUAUCUCUCGAUUGCAAGGAAGCCAUCGACGACCUCAGAAACCGUAUUGACAAGGAAAUGAAGGUGAACAAGGUGCCAGCCCUCUAUAAUAGCGAAACCAUGGCGCUAUUAAAGCAACGAGUGGAGAGCAAUUUGCUGCUUUAUAUAAAUGGGUCUCAAGCAAGUGAGAAGACCGCCAGGUCUCAACUGUGGAAGUGGUAUAUGAUCUUCAAAAAGUUGCGGCCGGACGAUGAGGUUCCGGGAAAUCCAUUCAUUCCAGCACGACAGCCAGCAAGAUUUGAAGGGAAAUCUAGAGCUGAUGCUCGCCUCAUGUUCAUGCGCAACCUCGCGCAGGAAGAGUGCCUCUCUGCACUUGACGACGACCAACGUAGAGCUCUAGGCUGCGUGUUUCUUGAUACUGUAGAGAUGCUAGGUCUCAAUGAAGCUAACAAAGGACGCCGGUCUGCUCAGAAUACUAGCAGGAAUCCACGGAAAAGGCAGAGAUCUUCUCCGUCGGACAACCAUGGAUCUGUAUCAGAUUCGGUCGAUCCCAUUGUGGCACCUACGACACCAGCACUGGCACCAGCUCCAAUACCAGUGGAAGUUCCUCGAUCUGUUCAAAACCCAAUGGACUUCACAAACCCCACAUUCACACUACCCGAAGCGCAAGACCAACUACUGCCGCAAACACCGUCGUCCGACCCACGAUCAUUCAUGCCUAGCACUCACGAUCUUUGGCUACUACAGCAGCAGAAUCAACAACACUCGCGGCAGCAAGAAGCAGAAGAGUCUCACUCUCUUUUCUCCACGGGAGACUUCGAUUAUAUCAAUUUGUCGACAGACUACGGAGGGCUUUCAGAGUUUGGGACUCGAGAUCGUUAGCCUAGUCCGACAGGGCUCAGCACUUGUCCCAAUACAACAAAGCAUGUUAAGAGCUAUGUAGAUACAGAUAAAGAACCUAGAAGUCUACAAUGCUGUUAAUCACCUUGGGUAUUCUUCUUGGAAGCUAAUGUAGGCUGUAAGAUAAGGCUUG